AUGGAACCUCCACCGUUUCUCUGUGAAGAACUCCAACUAGAAAUCUUGUCAUGGCUUCCGGUGAAAUCUCUGGUGCGGUUUAAGUGUGUGUCGAAGUCAUGGAAUUCUACCAUCUCUGAUUCUCAAUUCAUCAAACUCCACCUUCACCGAUCGUCUUCUACAAGAAGAAACACAGAUUUUGCUUACAUCCGUUCACUGAUAACUUGGCCACCGGAAAGCCCUUCUGCCACAACUGUAACAAUCCCUGAUGAGUACGACUUCAGUGGAACCUGCAACGGUGUGAUGUGUUUGUCUACAUACUUAGUACAUGAACGUGAACGUGAACGUGAGCGUGAUGAUUACAUCUCCCGGGUCUGUUUAUGGAACCCAGCUACGAGGUCAAUGUCUCAACAUUCGCCACCUCUACGUUUCACCAGCACUAGCUGCUGGUCUUUUGGGUUUGGUUAUGAUUCUUCAACUGACACCUACAAGGUGGUGGUGGCAGUGAAUCACUCUUGGCCUUGGUUUCGGGAGAAGACAAUGGUGAAUGUUUACAACAUGGGCCAUACUUGUUGGAGAACAUAUCAACUUUCCCAUCUUCCCUCUAUGUAUCCUGAUGGUGAUGCAGUUCAUGUCAGCAACACUCUUAAUUGGGUAGCAAUUCUACCGGAAGAUGGUACUGAACUAAUUAACCCUGACCGGUGCAUAAUAUUGUCAUUUGAUUUGGGGAGAGAAAGUUGUGUACAACUGUCAUUGCCUUAUUGUACUCGUGACUUCAACCACUAUGGGCCUAUUCUUGGGGUUUUGAGAGGUUGUUUAUGUAUUUGUCAAACUUACAAGAAGACACGUUUUGAGAUUUGGCAAAUGAAGGAGUUUGGAAUGCACGAGUCUUGGACUCGGUUGUUUAACAUUACUGGCUAUGAAAGUAUUAUUCAAAAUAUUCGUCGCUGGCCCUGUUUUGCAAUGUACAUGUCUGAGAAGGGUGAUGCCCUUUUGUUGUCAAGAUCGUCUUGGAACCCACUCCAUGCAGUUCUCUGUACCCAGGAAGAAAAUAAAUUAGAAGUAACAGACAUUAUUGCUAACAACAUCGUUGAUUGCUAUGUCAAUAAUUACAUUGAAAGUUUGGUUUCUCCUUAUGAAAAGUAA